UUUUUUUCUCCAGUUGCGUAAAGCGGGGACUUGCUCACCAACAGAGGAAACAUGCUGCUCUGGUUGGGGUGUGCAGCUGUAAUUUUACUCGGGUUUUUAUUCCGGCAUUCUUACUUUCUCCAAGACAUCAAAUAUGUGAUCGAUAAACUCAACUUAAAACGCCGAAUAUGGAGGUACAUGCAGACUAACUACCUGAUCGUGGAUCUGUUUUUAGAGAGGGUCAAGACGCAGCCGCACAAGCCGUUUAUUCGUUUCAAAGAAGAGACCUUCACCUACCAGGAUGCAGACGUGCACAGCAACAAAGCUGCCAGGGCUUUCCUGCAGUCCGGAGCGGUCAGAGAGGGAGACACGGUCGCUCUGUUUCUGGCUAACGAGCCGCUGUUCCCGUGGCUCUGGCUGGGUUUGGUGAAGAUCGGAUGUUCCGCUGCUUUUCUCAACUACAACAUCAGAUCCAAGUCCCUGCUGCACUGCUUCAGCUGCUCCGGAGCCAAGACUCUGGUCGCCGGUGAAGAGUUGCAGGAUGCUGUGGAGGAGGUCCUGCCCAGUCUGCUGGAGCAGCAGGUCACUGUUUUCAUCUUAACUGACAGAUGCAAGAUUGCAGGUGUGCAGAGCUUCCAAGACAAAAUGAAGCAGGCCUCCUCUGAGCCUUUAUCCAAGGAGUUAAGGUCAAAUUUAACCUUACAGAGUCCAGCGGCCUACAUAUACACAUCUGGCACAACGGGUCUCCCUAAAGCAGUAGCGGUCAGUCAUGCCAAACUGUGGGGCUACUGUUUAAUUAUGGCGCUGACAGGAGUGACUUCUGAAGAUGUCGUUUACAACAGCCUCCCUCUCUAUCACAGUGCCGGCUUCCUCGGAUUAAUGGCAGGCAUUGAGAGAGGUAUGACUGUUGUUUUGAGAAGUAAGUUUUCUGCCUCUCAGUUCUGGGACGACUGCAGAAAGUAUGACGUCACUGUCGUACAGUACAUUGGUGAAAUUGUGCGUUACCUCUGCAACCAGCCGCAGAAACCCAACGAUCGGAACCACAAAGUAAGACUUGCACUAGGCAACGGGCUCAGAGCAGAUGUUUGGAAGGACUUCACACGAAGGUUUGGGAACAUUGAAGUCAGAGAGUUUUAUGGAGCAACAGAGGGGAAUCUUGCUAUGCUGAAUUAUAGCGGAAAGAUGGGAGCUGUUGGGCGAGACUACUUCUUGCACAAGUGGCUCUUUCCGUACGCUCUAAUCAAAUUUGACAUAGAAAAAGGAGAACCUGUGAGAGAUUCGUCUGGUUUCUGCGUGGAAGUUGCCAAAGGUGAACCUGGACUUAUGGUCACUAAAAUAUUAGCCAGUGCUCCGUUCUCUGGUUAUGCUGGAGACCUCGGACAGACAGAGAAGAAGAAGCUGCGUGAUGUCUUCACGAAAGGAGACGUAUACUUCAACACCGGCGACCUGCUGCGCAUCGACAAAGACAAUUUCAUGUACUUUCAGGAUCGCACUGGAGACACAUUCAGAUGGAAAGGAGAGAAUGUGGCUACAAAUGAGGUGGCUGAUGUCGUCUCUGUGGCUGACUCCAUUGAGGAGGCCAAUGUUUAUGGAGUUGAAGUGCCAGGUCAUGAGGGGAGAAUUGGGAUGGCUGCUGUUAAUUUAAGAGACGGACAGAAGUUUGACUCUACGGCCGUUUUUCACCAAGUUGAACACUUUCUGCCGUCCUACGCCAGGCCACGUUUUAUCAGGAUUCAGGGCUCCAUGGAUGUUACGGGAACGUUCAAGUACCAGAAGGUGAAGCUGGUGAAGGAGGGUUUCAACCCGAAUGAAAUAAAGGACCCCCUGUACAUUCUGGAUGAAAAAGAAAAGAACUACAUCCCACUCACACCGGACAUAUUUGAUUCGAUUUUAGCAGGAAAGAUCAAAAUUUAAAGGAACUUUACAAUUUCAAGGAACUUUAAAUUUACAGUAAAAAUCCACCUUAUCACACUAAAUGCAUCAGCUGCUCUCAGUACUUCAGAUUAAGUUUUUCCUGCAGACAUCAUGUCAGAGCUUGUCGCACUGAGCAGUGAGAGCAGCGAUGGUUUUACUGAUAGCAAGUUUUUUGGUUGAGAGAGCCGACUGCCGGCCUUCUUAUUUAAACAGUGACUUCUUGCUGCAUUAGAUUUGGGUUUGUUUCGGCCCUUGUCAGUAUAGGAGCUGCACCUGUCUUCCAUGCAGCCGAACUUCCUUUUUGAUUACUGUCAUGCUGUAUUUAGGUUUGAACGAUUUGAGUAAACUAAAAUAUAACUACUUUUUCAGAUUAGUCUAACAAUUUAGAUGCAUGAUAGAUGAUUGCAGAAAAUAUUAUUACAAAUUUAUCCUUUCUUUAUCUACUUAAGGUGAAACUCUACAAGCAAAAACAAUGUUUACAGUUUAUUAAAAAAAAAAUCUUCAAUGCACAUUUAGGUGUUUAAUUUACUACUUUUUGCAAAUUAGUGCAUAUUAGAUGUAAUAAUACAUCAUUUAUGUAUCUAAACAUACAUUUUCAGAGAACUUGGAAUACAAAAAGACUUUGCCUGCUAACAUUCUAGCAUUCUAACAUUAAUGUCCUUAACAAUAAUCAUAAGAAAAGCACUCAGAGAGUGCAGUAAUUUCCACAUUAGUAGCAGUUUUUGUAAAAAUUCUCCAGUUUUAUUCUGAUCUAUAUAUUUCUGGGGUUUGUUCAUAUAAAAAAUGAAUCAUAUAAAUUCCUCCCCGUAAAACCUUUUCAUAAUUGAUGUCAGUAAAUAAAAAACAAUGUUUUUUUAAUGAAAAAUGAAAUAUUUCUAUUUUUGAAUGUUAAAUAACUGUAGCUAAAAGAUUUUUUUAGAGCCAGUUGCCAUGACUUCUGGUGAAAUCAGUAGUUUCCAUUGAAAUCUACAGCUUCUCAAAGCUGUAAUGUGUGACAUUUCCACAAUAAAAAGUUUAAAUUA